CUGAUAUAUAAUUGAGAGCCAUCAGGAUUAAGGGUAAUAUAAAGAAAAACGAAGAAUAGCGCUCAUUUUAGGUGAAUAAAGCAAUGAAUUAGAUCAGCACAAAUUGCUAUUUCCGGUAACCGGAGUAUAUUCCUGAUCAUCCCGAUUGAUAGGUUUAUCAGACAUGAUGAGGUUCUGCCUGAAAAGGCCGCUGCUUGCUCUACGAUCAAUUCGGAGCUUACAAUUAAACUAUUCUACGUUGCCGUCGGAAGCAGUGGUCGUUGCAGACGAUGGAACGAUUGUUUGCUGGCAUCCUGAACAACAUUUCCCAUACCAGUACACCAAACCUUUACCAGCUGAAAAAAUUGAGGAAAAUUCCGUGCUCAGUAAUCAAGCAAAACAAGCUAUAGACAUAUUUAGAAAAAAACAUCCGGAGGUAGUACGAGAAGAACUGUCUAAAAUCACAUUCACGACGAAACACAGAUGGUAUCCGAGAGCUAGGGAUAAGAAAGCUAAGAAAACGCCUAUGGAUAGGGAGUACUUGUAGUGGAAAGUUAUUGAAACGAUUGUUCGCUAGCUGAGAAAAUUAUGCAUCGUACGUGCGUCACAUAAUUAAGUAGACGUUGUUUUGUAAUGCACCACAAUAAAUUGAUUAAGUGAAAUAAGCCCAUGGAAA